AUGAGCGGGAGGAUCCUCUCCCAUCGUCUUGUUCCGCUCUUGCGGACGGGUCUUCUAGCCCGCCAUGUCCAUAACGCCGGCGCAAGGACCGGUGGCCUUCUACGAGUUGAGGGGGGUGCAGCGCUGCGCGGUCGGGCGUGGCCUAUAGGAGCGAACUCGAUUCAUAACAAUGUGCCUGCUGUGCGGGCGAUAUCGUUCGCCCGUGUUUUUCCGAAGCUCGCGAUGAAGCUCUUGAGAAUACCUGCGAUGUUUGGCGGUGCCAUGGUAGCUGGGAUGGCUUAUUUCCAGUAUCAAGCUACGCAGGCAGGAAAUUAUGCAAUAGACGUAUUUAAACGCGGCGCGGAGUCAGCGGGUGAUGCUGCGUCGGGACUGUUUCAGGGGUUGCAGAGUGUGGCCGACCAGACACAACGGGGUUGGCAAAAAUCUACGGAAGAUAUCGAAGCUCCAGAGUGGUUGCAGAAAAUACUACGCUUCGACCAGGAUUCGCAGGGUGAUGGAUCGUCUGGCGGCGGUGGUGGUGGCGGUGGGCAAUCGCCGAAAGAGAGCCGAGCGGGUGCGGCUGCUACGGGUGCUGCUGUUGGGUCUGUCUUUGGGUAUGAGCAGGAAGACGAGGAGAAUGCGGCUAGAAAGGAUGCGGAGAAUGAUCAAAUGAUGCUGCUUACGCGGAAGAUGAUCGAAAUCAGGAAUAUCCUUCAAACGGUCGGACAGUCUGGCACCUUGAGCCUCCCCUCCAUCGUGGUCAUCGGCUCGCAGUCUUCUGGGAAGAGCUCUGUUCUUGAAGCUAUAGUUGGGCAUGAGUUCCUUCCAAAGGGCUCGAAUAUGGUCACUCGACGUCCCAUUGAACUUACCCUUGUCAACACACCAAAUGCACAAGCGGAAUAUGGAGAAUUCCCAGCCCUCGGACUUGGAAAGAUUACCGAUUUCUCGCAGAUUCAACGGACGUUGACCGAUCUAAACCUAGCUGUUCCCGAGAAGGAUUGCGUUUCAGACGACCCGAUCCAGCUCCAAAUCUACUCUCCCAACGUUCCCGACCUAUCUCUUAUUGAUCUUCCCGGAUACAUCCAGGUGGCGGGGCAUGAUCAACCGCCAGAGUUGAAGCAAAAGAUAGCCGAUCUCUGUGACAAGUAUAUUCAAACACCGAAUGUUAUCCUCGCCAUCUCGGCGGCAGACGUUGAUUUGGCCAACUCGACCGCUUUACGCGCAAGUCGCCGGGUCGACCCCAGGGGCGAAAGAACGAUUGGUGUAAUCACAAAGAUGGACCUUGUCGACCCAGAACGAGGCUUCAAUGUCCUCUCAGAUAAGAAAUACCCUUUGCGCCUUGGGUACGUUGGUGUUGUUUCUCGGAUUCCGCAAACGACUGCCCUGUUUUCCCGGGGAAGCGGGAAUAUCACGAGCGCCAUCCUUCGAAAUGAGAACGCAUACUUCUCGGCACAUCCAACUGAAUUUGGCGCUGAGGCUGGCGUUUCUGUCGGCGUGUCAACUCUACAAAAGAAGCUCAUGCACGUUCUUGAACAAACGAUGGCAUCAAGCCUAGCAGGUACUAGGGACGCCAUUAGUCAAGAGCUGGAGGAAGCCACAUAUGAGUUCAAGGUCCAGUAUAAUGAUCGACCACUUAGCGCAGAGUCAUAUCUUGCCGAAAGCCUUGAUGGCUUCAAGCAUUCAUUCAAAGCGUUUGCUGAGAACUUUGGCCGCCCUCAGGUCCGGGAAAUGCUGAAGGCCGAAUUGGACCAGCGCGUGAUGGACAUUCUUGCCCAGAGGUAUUGGAACCGGCCCAUCGACGAUCUGUCACCGCCGAUGGCCGAGCUGGAUCCUCUCAGUGACCUUCCCAAGGCCGACCCUGAGUCGCUAUACUGGCACCGUAAGCUCGAUGCUUCGACCUCAUCGCUGACAAAACUCGGCAUUGGUCGAUUGGCUACAACCGUUGUGGCAAACGCGAUUCAAGGCCAUGUUGAGCGGCUAUUGUCCAGCUCUACUUUCGCCGCUCAUCCUUACGCUCAAAAACAGAUCGGAGAUGCGUGCACGAGUAUUCUCAAUGACCGGUUCUUCAGCACCAGCGACCAAGUUGAGAACUGCAUCAAACCAUACAAGUUCGAGAUCGAAGUUGAGGAUCCUGAAUGGUUCAAGGGCCGGGAAAAUGUCAGUAAAACUUUGAGAGAGGAGCUCAAAGCCUGCGAGACGGCCCUGAAGCGGGCUGAAGACAUUGUUGGGAAGAGGAAACUCCGAGACGUCAUGUCGUUCAUCGACAAAGUCAGGAAAGGGGAAGUCGUCCUUGAAGGAGAUGGCUCUGCUGGUGCGGGAGGCUUCAGCUCAUCCCUUCUAGAUCGAGGCCGAGAAGGUGCCUUCCUCCGCGACCGUGCCGACAUCAUCAAGAUGAGAUUGAUGGCCGUCCGCUCGAAGCAAUGCGCCUCGCAGAAGAACAAAUACUACUGCCCUGAAGUCUUCCUGGACGUCGUAGCUGACAAGCUCACAUCAACCGCCGUGCUCUUCCUAAACGUCGAGCUCCUCUCAGAAUUCUACUACAACUUCCCGCGCGAGCUAGACGUGCGACUAGGCCGCCACCUCUCAGACGCAGAGGUAGAGCGGUUCGCGCGCGAGGAUCCCCGCAUCCGAAGACACCUCGACGUCAUCAAGAAGAAGGAACUCCUCGAACUCGCACUCCAGAAAAUAGAGGGCAUCCGGCAGCUUGAUGGCCGCGGCAAGCUAAGGAGUUCCGAACGUCCGUUACCAGGGAAGGACCAGAGGAGUCGCGGUUGGAAUAUCUUCUAA